UCUCAUCUCGAUAUCAAUCUUUACGAUAACCAUACUGUCCGUGUUGUAGAAUUGCUCAAUGAUCUUAACCGAUUUUUCUCUAAUCAGGAACGCCUUUUAAAUCUUCGAUUAGUAUUUCCCAAGGGUCCUGGAUAUUUGCUAAUUAAAAUAUUGAAAUCUCGACCUGAAUCCUUUAAACAUCUUGAACUCGCAAAGUGGAACUUUACUGAUUGCGAUUGGAAAUGGUUGAAAAAAUGUCAAAACUUGACUGAAUUUGCAAUAACAGACCCUCAAACUCAAGUCUCUGAUAUUUUAGGAAUUGAAUGCGAACUUCAUCGCUUAAAAAUAUCAAAAAAUUCUAAAAUUACAACUAUUCAUUGGUUUUUGGACAAUAAGGAUAAUAAAGACAAUAAGGAUAAUAAAAUUUCUUCCGAAUCAUCCUUUUAUUUCCAUCCUAAAAAACCUCCUAUGGAACCAUAUCAUGAUGAAACCUUAGAAGAAUCUUUACAAGCUUUAUUAAUUUAA